AUGAGCCCGAAAACAAACCACGAGGCCGCCCUCUGCUACGACAUCCAACCAACCAAGAUCAUGACAGACCGACUUCUCCCGCUCCCCCUUCCAGCCUUGACUCUGAUCCCCGAUUUCACCGCCCAACAACCCGAAAGCUUGCACGUCAAAGAGCGCGAUACCUGGAAGCGGAAACAAAACUCCUACACCGUCUCGCGCCUGACCGCGGCCGGGAAGCCAGGAGAUGCCUACCUACAGGUGCUCGGCGAGAGUAGGAAAGAAGUCAGCAUCCAGACCGCAGACGGGCGCGAGCUCAUGCGGAUUUCGAAAGAGAACUCCUUGCUCAAAGGCACAGUGUACCACGGCAUGAGUGCACAAGGAGAUGAGCUGUGGACGCUGAAGGUGAAAAGUAGCGUGUUGAAGGAUAAGUGGGGUGAGUCACGCGGUGCCUGCACUGAAGGUGUAGCAUUGAUGCGGAUAGAUCUUGUGGUGCACGAUGCGUCUCUGUCUGGGCGGACGAUAGAGAUCGCCAAGAUCGAUACUUUGAAUGCGAACAAGGGAGUUAUCAUCGACGGGCAUCCGGCCGUGGCGAUGGGCCAGAAGGGGUUUUGGAGUCAUACGCAUCGCGAGGAUGUUGUAAGUGUAGCGCCAGGGAUAGAUAUUGUGCUCGCGGUAGCCGUGACCUGGGCCAAGAUUGAUCAGGAGAACGAUGCGAUGGGUGCUUCCGUAUGA